AUGGAGCCCCGGGCAGCAGCGGAGGGCUCACCGGAGCCGGCAGCGUCCUCCUCUUUCCAGGCCCGGCUCUGGAAGAACUUGCAGCUGGGGGUGGUCAAGAGUAAGGGCAGUGGCAGCAGCGGGCGUGCAGGGGGCCAGGAGCGACGCCCCGCGGCCACCCCGUCGCCCUCUCCGCCUCCCCCAGGUGGCAGGCGGGAAGCACUCGCCGGCGUCGGGGGCACGGGCAGUAGGUGGAUUGGCUUCAAGAAACGGAAGCAAGUGUUGGACCGCGUCUUCUCCUCCUCCCAGCCCAACCUGUGCUGCUCCUCGACCGAGGCUCUUGAGCCGGGCGGUCCCGGCAAAGCCGAGCAGGGUUCUACGCUGCGCCGCCGGAUUCGUGAGCAUUUGCUCCCCGCGGGAAAGGGGUCCGCUGCGGCUGCUGGAGCAGGCGGAGGGACGCCUCCUGGCGGACGCUCCCCAGACUCAGCUCCCUCUUCGUCCUCCGCUUCGUCUUCCCUGUCCUCAUCUCCCCAGCCGCCCCCGAGGGGCGAUCGUGCCCGAGAUGAGGGUGCACGGCGUCGGGGGACCGCGGCACUCUUAUGCCAUCAGAAGAGUUCCUCCUUGCCGGGCACCACUAACCUGGAGCAGCUUCUGGAGCCGCCUCCGCCUCCCGCAGAGCCAGCGCAGAGCCCCGCGAAGCGAAUGCCGGAGAAGGGCGUGGAGGGCGGCAGUAGCCAGAAAAUAAAUACUUCUGGAACCAGUAAUGCAGAUGUCCCUCUGGCCGAUCCCGGAAUGUACCAGCUGGACAUUACAUUAAGAAGGGGUCAAAGUUUAGCUGCCCGAGACCGAGGAGGCACAAGUGAUCCUUACGUGAAGUUUAAAAUGGGAGGAAAAGAAGUUUUUAGAAGUAAAAUAAUAUACAAGAACCUCAACCCUGUGUGGGAGGAGAAAGCUUCCAUUCUUGUUGACCACCUCAGGGAGCCGCUGUACGUGAAGGUAUUUGACUAUGAUUUUGGACUACAGGAUGACUUCAUGGGCUCAGCCUUUCUGGAUCUCACACAGCUGGAGUUAAACAGGCCCACAGAUGUGACUCUGACACUGAAAGAUCCCCACUAUCCUGACCAUGACCUUGGAGCCAUUUUGCUCUCAGUCAUCCUCACACCUAAGGAAGGAGAGCACAGGGAUGUGACAAUGCUAAUGAGGAAGAGUUGGAAAAGAUCAAGUAAGCAUUAUGACCAAAAGAUAAUUUGGCUCACAAAAAAGGACAUCUCAAAAAAUGAAGUGGUUGGAUCUUAUUUCUCUGUGAAGUCUUUCUUUUGGAGGACGUGCGGCAGGCCUGCUUUUCCUGUGCUGGGCUUCUGCAGAGCAGAGCUUCAGAGUGCUUAUUACCAAAGUGCACAAUUUCAGACCCAAAGUUUACGCCUAUCAGACGCACACAGAAAAUCGCACCUUUGGCGAGGAAUAGUCAGUAUCACGUUGAUCGAGGGGCGGGAUCUCAAGGCGAUGGAUUCCAACGGGCUGAGUGACCCCUACGUAAAGUUCCGGCUUGGGCAUCAGAAGUACAAGAGCAAGAUAAUGCCAAAAACUUUGAAUCCUCAGUGGAGAGAACAAUUUGAUUUUCAUCUCUACGAAGAAAGGGGUGGAAUUAUCGAUAUCACUGCAUGGGACAAAGAUGCUGGGAAAAGAGAUGAUUUUAUUGGCAGGUGCCAGGUCGACCUGUCGGCCCUCAGUAGGGAACAGACGCACAAGCUGGAAUUGCAGCUGGAAGAGGGUGAGGGCCACCUGGUGCUGCUGGUCACCCUGACAGCUUCGGCCACAGUCAGUAUCUCUGACCUCUCUGUCAACUCCCUGGAGGAGCAGAAAGAACGGGAGGAAAUAUUAAAGAGAUAUAGUCCAUUGCGGAUAUUUCACAACCUGAAAGAUGUGGGAUUUCUCCAGGUGAAAGUAAUCAGGGCAGAAGGAUUAAUGGCUGCUGACGUCACAGGUAAAAGUGACCCAUUUUGUGUAGUUGAACUGAACAAUGAUAGGCUGCUAACACAUACCGUCUACAAAAAUCUCAAUCCUGAGUGGAACAAAGUCUUCACAUUCAACAUUAAAGAUAUCCAUUCAGUUCUUGAAGUGACAGUUUAUGAUGAAGAUAGAGACCGGAGUGCUGACUUUCUGGGCAAAGUUGCUAUACCAUUGCUGUCUAUUCAAAAUGGUGAACAGAAAGCCUACGUCUUGAAAAACAAGCAGCUGACAGGGCCAACAAAGGGGGUCAUCUAUCUUGAAAUAGAUGUGAUUUUUAAUGCUGUGAAAGCCAGCUUACGAACAUUAAUACCCAAAGAACAGAAGUACAUUGAAGAGGAAAACAGACUCUCUAAACAGCUGCUACUAAGAAACUUUAUCAGGACGAAGCGUUGUGUCAUGGUGCUUGUAAAUGCUGCAUACUACGUUAAUAGUUGCUUUGAUUGGGACUCACCCCCAAGGAGCCUUGCUGCUUUUGUGCUCUUUCUCUUUGUUGUCUGGAACUUUGAGCUCUACAUGAUACCACUGGUUUUGUUGUUACUAUUGACAUGGAACUACUUCUUGAUAAUAUCAGGGAAAGAUAACAGGCAACGUGAUACAGUAGUGGAGGACAUGCUAGAGGACGAGGAAGAAGAAGAUGACAAAGAUGACAAGGACAGUGAAAAAAAGGGAUUUAUAAAUAAAAUCUAUGCCAUCCAGGAGGUAUGUAUCAGUGUCCAGAACAUCCUAGAUGAAGUGGCUUCCUUUGGCGAAAGGAUCAAGAAUACUUUCAACUGGACAGUCCCAUUCUUAAGCUGGCUGGCCAUCGUCGCCCUCUGUGUGUUCACAGUCAUCCUCUACUUCAUUCCACUGAGAUACAUUGUCCUUGUCUGGGGCAUCAAUAAAUUUACAAAAAAACUUCGGUGUCCCUAUGCAAUUGAUAACAAUGAACUACUUGACUUCCUUUCCAGAGUCCCUUCAGAUGUACAAGUGGUGCAAUACCAAGAACUGAAACCAGAUCCCUCUCAUAGCCCAUGUAAAAGGAAGAAAAACAAUCUUGGCUAGCCAGCUCCCAGCUCUGAGAAGCCCAGCAUCUGUUUGGGAAGAUAAAAGAAAAAGCCUUCAAGCCUCAGCAGCAUUUCCUUUGUUUCUGCUUUUUAUUUAUUUUGCUUUUUUUUCUAUCAUGAUCAAGAGAAUUUGUAAAUAGUGUACAAGGGCAUAUGACUUUGAAAAUAUACUUCCAUUGUACAGAAUCAAUUUGAUAAAGGUUUACUUACUGCUGUGUGAAAGCCUUGUUAGCUGUGGAUAAUAAUAUGACACAUUGGAACAACAAAUGUGAGGAUGGAUACACUGGGAGAUACACAGUCCCUAACCACAAGUGGAAGAACUAGAUUAGAUUAAAUGUUUUGCUCUGAUUAAAUCUAUAUAACAUAUAAAUGUCCAUUUGAUUUUAAAGUUUUUUUAAAUGUGACUAUUUUUAUCUGAGAAGUAAUCCAUUACAGUUUUCUAUGUUUUAUACAUUUCAAAAAGGAGGGGGGAGUCCCAAAACGUGAAUAAUGGAACAGAUGUAUUUCAAUUUAACAUAAAUUCUGAUAUCAGAUCCUGACGUUUAUUCCUGAGCAAAGUAUUUAGAUAUUACUAUGCUGAUUUUAAGCUAAUGAGUGAAGGUAUAUUCACACCCUCAAAAGAAUCUUCUACACUUUGAAAUCCUACAAAGAAAACUUCUAAACCUUCUAUCAUUCCAUCUAAAACCUUAAUAUCUCUACUGGAUUACACAUAAAUACUGCCAGGUUUAUAAAUGAUUGCCUAUCUGAAUUUUUAUAUCUACCACUACUUUAAUUUGUACCAAGUUAUCAACUUAGCAAAAUCUCAGUAGUCAAACAUACUAGCAAACUACAUUCAUAUUGCUUUUGUUCUUAGAUUAUACCUCUGUGUAUCUAAAAAUAUUUAAUACUCGAGUGUUCUCACAGAAAAAUAAAGUAUCUGCUGUCUCGUUAGGUUACUGAAAUGCUUUAGUGCAUACUAUGAUUUUUGUUAUUAGUGUGAAUUUUAAUGUAGAAGAGAAUGCAGUGUGUUAAGUGAUAUGCCAGUGUUUCAUUACAUUCAUUUAUAGAGAAAUAAUCAUUGUUGAUAAUAUGAAUGCAUGAAAAUCUAUUUUGUAAAAUAAACUGCUUAUGGGGAGGGGGAGUUUGCCUUUACAAAUGUUUCACUACGUACUAUAGAAUCUAUAUUUAAAAAAAUUGCAUUCCCAAGACUCUUACAGUAGUUUUUCUACCUAGCUUCCUGUUAUAUCAAGGAAGUAUACCUCUGGAAAGAGAAAUAAUUUGGUGAGAAUGUCUUAUUUCCCCCACAACUUGGUAGGGGACUAAGCUUGGCUGAAAUUGCUACAAUGUUUUGCACUACUUUAUUAAUAAUAAACGGAUGGGGUGAAGGUGGGGGUUAUGUUGGAAAAAUGUAGAAAAACAAAAAGCAAGAAAUAUAUAUUUCAUUCUAAAGAUUCUUUAAGACUAAAUUUAAUCUCAUCAAAGCUGAUUUUUAAAGUAUUUUUAUUUUAAAGCUAUGUUGUUAAAUACUAUUUCUUAUGAUAGAACUAUUUUGAUGUUUAUACACUAUGGUUGAAAGAUUGUCAAUUAAAUCCCUUUCUACAGAAAGGCUGUGACCUCAAUAUGCUCUAUUUAGUGCAUCAUGUUUGUCAUGACGUGCUUACAUCCGCAUACCAUCACUGUUCGUUGCUAAAACAGAAUACUCCAUGAAGUUGAUGUUACUACAGAAAGUUUAUUGAUAGGAUAAUUUGUUUGAAAUAACUUUUGAUUACACCAUGUGUGAGAUUUAUGUUUCACGAUGACGGUGUCUACUCAGAUGUCUACAUGCCUGAUAUUCUACAACCUCAGAUGUACCUAGUGGAUAGUAACCAUUAACAGAUGACUAAUUUGUUUGUUUCAUUCUAUGAAAUUUCAGAUGUUUAGUUCAAUAAUAAUGUUGACUAUAUAUGUUCACCGAGUUAAAUAUAAAAAAAUCUUUUCUAAGUAUAA